AUGGAAACAGGCGGCAGGAGCCAAACAGUGAUUGCCCUUGAGGCUGGGCAGGCUUCUGGGUCCGCCUCCCUGCCUCCUUACUCUGCCACAGGUCAGAUUCCGCGGAAGGCUGACAGAAGCCGGUCCUGCUCGCGGGAGAAAAAAGAGGGUUAUACUAAGGACAUGGUACCAGACUUUGAUGAGAAACAUGAUGAGUAUUUAAUAUUGCUUCAGCAGAGGAACCGGAUACUAAAGCACUUGAGAUCCAAGGACCCCAUGCAGCUGAGACUGGAGCAUUUGGAACAAGGCUUCUCCGUCUACGUCAACGGGGCCAACUCUGAGCUGAAGACCUCACCCCGGAAAGCUGUCCACUCCGACUUCACCAGAAGCGCCUCACACGCCGAGGGGACGCACGAUUAUGGGCGAAGAACCCUGUUUCGAGAAGUGGAAGAAGCUUUAAGACGCAACUCGCGGACAGCCCCUUCCAAAGUUCAGCGCCGAGGAUGGCACCAGCUCCGAGAGUCCCCUGGUCACCUCACCUUCCUCGACCCAUCCCUUCGUGUCUUCUCCCUGCCAGUCUUUGUUGAAAUUGUCCAGGACAAUGCCUCAGUUGGUCAGCCUGGACCAGAUGCCCACUUCCGCCUUGAGAGGGGUACCAAGUCUCCUACUGGCACCAAGCCCUGUGAUGUUAAUUUCUCCCUUCUGAAUGCACAUGGAUUACCAGACCCUGCCAGCAGUGCAGACAAAGAAAGGAUCCUCUUAACUAUUCAGGAUGUAAUGGAGCUAAGAAAAAGCCUGGAACUUAGUGUAAAUCUACAAAGGAAACAAAAAGAUUGUUCCAGCGAUGAAUAUGACUCUAUCGAAGAAGAUGUGCUCUCGGAGCCAGAGCCCGAAGAGCAGGUGCUGGGGGGCCACCGCAGAGAUGACCCCGCCCCUUCCAGUGGGGACGCGGUGCAGAAGGACGUUCCCAAGGACCAGGAGAUGGAAGGACGCCCUCCCCGGGGCCCAGACCCCCUCGUGGUGCUGGAAUUUAACCCAGCUUCCAAAAGUAGUAAGAAGGAGAGGAAUUUGUCUGCUAAGCGGAAGGACAACGCUGAGGUUUUCAUUCCCAGCAGACCUGAGUUGAACCUGAACCCCCAGCCCUCUGCUGUGUUCCCAGACCAGGAGAAGGCAUGUUCAAGACCCGGGAGCCGACGAGAGAGACCCCUAUCAGCAACCCGGAAACCCGUGCGCGAGGCUGAGGACCGAGAGGAAGAUGCCUCGGCUGUGCUCAGGGCCAUCCAGGUGGAGAACGAAGCCCUGCAGAGGGCGCUCCUCAGCAGAAAAGGGGAGGCCCCCAGCAGCCCGCUGCAGGACACGGAGGGACCACCAGCAAAAUCGUGGACCAGUCUACUGAAGGGGAAGGAAGAGAGCGCUGAGCCACUUCCUACCCCUGAGGCGACUGGCAGGACCAGCCCGCAGGAGCCGUGCAGGGCCACGGGGGGAACCACAGUCGUCCGUGAAGCCAUUGACAGAAUCGGCCUGCUGGGGAGCAGACAACAGCAAAGGCUUCUGAAAGUCCUCCAGGCCAUCGAAAGCGACUCUGUCCGCCUCAGCAGGGCUGUUUCACCGACAGAGGAGCCAGUGCCGGAUCCAGAGGACAAACUGAGAACAAGAGGCGGAGAGAUCGAAGAUGCCGUCUACGUGACCAUGGAAAUCCUGUCCAACUGGGGCCAUACGUCCUGGGUGGGUCUCACGGAAGUUGAGUUCUUUGACCGGAACAACACAAAGCUUUAUGUGUCGCCCCAUGACGUGGAUAUCCGGAACACGGACACGCCCGGGGACCUGGGCCACCUGGUCAAUAGGAACUUAGCUAGCAAGAAAGACCCCUCCUUGUGGACGUGCCCCUUCCACCCGCCGCUCCAGCUCUUUUUUGUUAUCCGCAACACGAGCCGCCUGCACGACUUUGAUCUAGCCAAGAUCAAGGUUUGGAAUUACUGGACAGCUGAUGGUGAUCUUGACAUUGGUGCCAAGCACAUGAAGCUUUAUGUCAAUAAAAAGCUCAUCUUUGAUGGCACGUUGGACAAAGGAGGUGGAGAGGGCCCAGCUGACCUGAGCGUCCUGGUUGGCCAGAAAAACAAGAAGGAGGAAAGAAUGGAGAGGACCGUGGGUGCCCCCUCGGGAGAAGGCGGAGAUGCCUGCAAGAUGGCUGGCACAGAUGGGGCCCACUCACAGCCAGCUGGAGCAGCGGUAGAUGUGAAGGUUUCUUCCCAAGGAAAGUUAUUUGGCGAAAAGAUGAAUCCUCCCAAUUGCACGAAAGACAAUUCGUCCAAGUUAAACGAAGACACGAGCUUAUUAGCAGCCCCAGCCCCGAUGCCGGCCUCGAUGGGUGGCGUGCCCCGUCCUCCUCCCCUCCGCCCGGCUGCGGAAUGCCCUGCCCUGGACCCAGAGCCCUCUCUGAUCCAACAGCUGGAAAACCUCACGGGCAGAAAAGUCUCCGAGCCACCAGCAAAAACUCCCUCCUGGUUGCAACCUUCUGCCGCGGGGAAGGGCAGGAAGCAGGGAGGCAGGAAGCCAAAACCUCUAUGGCUGAGUCCCGAGAAGCCACUGGACCGGGAAGGCGGGCUUCCGUCUGAUGACGUCAUUGGCGCCAGGGGUGAGGGUCCUAGAGAGGCUGAGAUCGGGGAUAAAGGCCCCAGGCGUGAGCAAGGGCGAGCAAGCAGCUGGAAUGUCAUCGCUGGGGAGAGAGCCCAGAAGGUGACCCCCAACGUCUGUGAUGACUUUGACAUCUUUAACCAGCCCUCCAACAGAGAGCGCCCUGCUAGUGGGAGGAGGGGCCCGAGGAAGGACGCCCUCAGCAGCGGUCACAGUGAUGGCCAGCCAACCAGCAGAGAAGACGCCCGGUCCACCGAGACGCCGCCACGACCCCGGUGGUGCAGUGAGCAGGAACACACGCUGCAUGAGUCCUGGGACUCCCUCAGUGCCUUUGACCGCUCCCACCGGGGACGCAUCUCCAACAUGGAGCCGCAGGGGGACAUCCUGGACGAGUUCCUGCAGCAGCAGAAGGCCAGCCGGCACGGCGAGCAGCCGCCCCCGUGGAAGGAGGAGAAGCUGGGGCCAAGGAGAGGCCGGGAAGACAGUCCCGUAGAGACGGACGACGCGAGUGACUUUGAAAUCCCCGUCUUGCCUUACGGACAGCGCCUGGUCAUCGACAUCAAGUCGACGUGGGGGGACAGGCACUAUGUCGGCCUUAACGGAAUAGAAAUAUUCAGUUCCAAGGGGGAGCCGGUGCAGAUCGCGAACAUUCAAGCCGAGCCCCCCGACAUCAAUAUUUUACCGGCCUACGGGAAAGACCCCCGCGUGGUCACCAACCUCGUCGACGGGGUGAACAGGACCCAGGACGACAUGCACGUCUGGCUGGCCCCUUUCACACUGGGCAAGCCCCACACCAUCUCCGUAGACUUCGUGCACCCUUGCCAGGUCGCCCUGAUCCGGAUCUGGAACUACAAUAAAUCUCGGAUACACUCCUUCCGUGGCGUGAAGGACAUCACCAUGCUGUUAGACUCGCAGUGCAUCUUCAAAGGAGAAAUCGCCAAGGCCUCAGGGACCCUGACAGGAGCCCCAGAGCACUUUGGAGACACCAUCUUAUUCACGACCGAUGAUGACAUUCUGGAGGCCAUAUUCUGUUCUGAUGAGACAUUUGACGUGGACGUGGAGGGUCCCUGCAGCCUGCAGAGUGGGGAGACGCUGAGGAGGCCGAGCACCGCCGACAGCGAGGGGGAGGAGAGGCCCUACACCCAGGCCGGCUCAUGGGCUGAGGGCCACCAGGCGGGAAAGGGCCUGAAGAGGCUCUGUCUGGGGGCCGGGCCAAAGGAUCCAGUCCCAGAGCUGGAGCCCCCACUCAGUCCGCCUGUCCCUGAAGUAACCACCCCAGAGCCAGGCAUCUACCAUGGGAUCUGCCUUCAGCUGAACUUCACUGCCUCCUGGGGGGACCCGCACUACCUGGGGCUCACAGGCUUGGAAGUGGUGGGCAAGGACGGCCAGGCACUGCCCCUCAGCCUGCACCAGAUCUCCGCCUCCCCCAGGGACCUGAACGACCUUCCUGAGUAUGCCGAUGACUCCCGGACCCUGGACAAGCCACUCAAUGGCAAUGCCAGGCACAGGCCGGAGCCACAGGAUGACGGCCUGGGGUCUGGGCUGCAGUGUGCUGGGCAGUCCAGGGCAGUCAGUGGCAGGAUGGUCUCUGGGACAAACACAGGCAAAGUUGAGAGCGAUGAGGCAGGAUGUUCUGAGCAGGAAAACGAGAAACCGGCCAGGAUGGGGGUACAAUCUGGGCAAGCCUCCUGCCAGCUCCUAGCCCAGCUGAAGAAGGAACCCCUCUUUGGAGGCGAGCCGGCAGAACCCCGGGAGUCAUGCCGGCCAUUCUGGUCUAGGUCCACGUCCCUGGACCAGUCGUGUGACCAGCGGGUUACAGCCAAAAUCGUCCACAUCUCCCUGGACGGCCUGGGCAUCUCCCCUCCAGAGGGCUUCCUCAUCCGGAAGGGGCCGGGCAACUGCCACUUUGAUUUCGCUCAAGAAAUUCUCUUUGUGGACCACCUCCAGGCUCGACAGCUGCCCCAGCCGGCCCAGAGGCUCAACACGCAAAGCCAGGAGCGGGCAAGCAUGGACUACGAGGCACCCCUGAUGCCCUGCGGCUUCAUUUUUCAGUUCCAGCUCCUGACCAGCUGGGGUGACCCCUAUUACAUCGGUCUUACAGGCCUGGAGCUGUAUGAUGAGCGGGGAGAAAAAAUCCCUCUGUCGGAAAACAAUAUCGCCGCCUUCCCCGACAGCGUGAACUCCCUGGAGGGCGUGUGCGGGGACGUCCGGACGCCCGACAAGCUCAUCGACCAAGUGAACGACACCUGCGAUGGCAGGCACAUGUGGCUGGCUCCCAUCCUGCCGGGCCUGCUCCUGGUGGACGACUUGCUUGUGUACAACGGGAUCCUGGCCAUGGUGGGCCACCUGGUGGGGGGCAUCCUGCCCACGUGCGAGCCCACGCUGCCCUACCACACCAUCCUCUUCACCGAGGACGCAGACGUGUGCCGCCAGGAGAAACGCACCGCCAUCAGCAAUCAGGUGGAGGAUCAGGACGUCCAGAUGAUGAACGAAAACCAAAUCAUUACCAACUCGAAAAGGAAGCAGAGCGCGGUUGACCCAGCACUGCGCCCCAAAACCUGCAUAAGCGAGAAGGAGACAGUGCGACGGUGGCGGUGCUGA